AUGUCAUAAUGAAAAAUGAAAAACCUUCAAAACCAUCAUAUUUUGAUAGUAAUAUAUUCAUAUAGAAUAUAUUACUACAUUAAUAGAUCUGCAAAUGGUCGUCUUACCCUGAGGGAGCUGAAGCGUGGAAAUAUAAUUGAUGCAAUGCUGCAUGCUGAUGAAGAAGAAGACAUCAACAAGGUUUUGAGGUACUUCUCUUACGAGCACUUCUAUGUUAUAUACUGCAAGUUUUGGGAGCUGGAUACAGAUCACGAUUUCUUGAUAGACAAAGAGAAUCUUAUCAGAUAUGGUAACCAUGCGCUCACCUAUCGAAUUGUCGAUAGAAUAUUUUCUCAGGUUGCAAGAAGGUUUACUAGUAAGGUUGAGGGAAAGAUGGGUUAUGAAGAUUUUGUUUAUUUCAUACUGUCAGAAGAGGAUAAAUCAUCUGAGCCGAGUCUUGAGUAUUGGUUCAAGUGCAUUGAUUUGGAUGGAAAUGGAGUUUUGACACGAAAUGAACUGCAAUUUUUUUAUGAGGAGCAAUUGCAUCGAAUGGAGUGCAUGGCUCAAGAACCUGUGCUUUUUGAGGAUAUAUUGUGCCAGAUUAUUGACAUGAUUGGACCUGAGGCGUCCGUCAGUCGAUUCGUGAUGAUUCGUCACUCGAGGAGGACCAGGAGCGUGAUGACUAUUACUGAAGCUUUCGACGAGGACCCGGACUGAAUGAAUGACCAGAUGAGGGUCGAUGAUCGAUGAUGGAAGUAUAGGGUAUGGGUGUUUAGAGCCUACUAAGGUUGGGUGUUAGGGUCAUAGCUCUGAUUCGUCAUUUGUACUUUUGGGACAGGGUAGUUUCCGACAGAUUGCUUUUCGGUGUGGUUCUCCGUAGAUGGGAAUCGCAUGGAGUAGUCGGACGUAGGAAGUCUUUUUGGAGGCCGUUUUGGGCUGACUUACUUUCUUGGAAGACUGUACUUAUAAAACUUAUGACUCUAUCUAUGGGUUGUACUUGUUUGUCGUUGGGCAAUACUUUUAGUUACUAGAUGUUACUUUCCGUCACUUGAGGACACUCGUGACGAUGAUUUUGAUUGCAGCAAGGGCUGUGCUUUUAUUGUAUGUUAGUCGCUGUUAAUCGCGAUUGGGUUGAGUCUUUAAAUUCGACAAGUCUUUUUAUUUAAAAAGAAAACGAAAAAAAAAUAUACCUGCUUUUUCCGCUUUAUUUUAUCUUUGGUUACUAAAAUGACACCACCGAAAUCGGGGUGUUACAGUGGCUGCUGAAAUAAAAGAAGCUUGUAUCUAGUUUUGGUUUUGUUGCAUUUGUUCAUGUUUUUAGACAAGCAAAUAGUGGAGCUCAUGUGCUUGUAAAGUAUUCUCUGGAUCAUGGGGAAGAGUCUUGGUUUCAUUGUGCGCCCUCGUGUAUUUAAUCAUGUAUUUUCUCGAAU